GUCAAGACUGUUCUGACAGGCAGGGCCACCAUAACCAAGACAUUCCGACGCCGACAGUAUCCGAUCACAGGCGCAUACACAUUCACAGACUACUGCUCUCAAGGCCAGACAAUAAAGCGCGUCAUUGUUGACAUAGCCACACCUCCAUCAGGCGGGCUAAGCUUGUUCAACCUGUAUGUGGCAUUAUCAAGAAUUUCGGCUCUUCUGGCUGAAGACGAUAACCUGGAGAAAUUGAACGAGGCAACACGCCAAUGGUGGACGUGGAUGUCAAGAACAGAGUCGGAAGUAAAUGCAACUGAGGAGGAAAACUCAAUGCAAAUAGAAAGCGUGCCAUUGUAA